AAUAUUUUAAGUAUGGCUCUAAGCGGAGAUUUAUCAGACUCUUUAAAUAUAAGCUCUAUAAAUGAAGAUAUUGAGGAUAACCUCUUGGAUGAUAAUGACGAACUUGCUGAAAUCCAGAUCUUAUCUCAGAAACCUUGCUCUCCUGUAAGCAAAGAGUUGAGUAGGAAGAGACACUCUACCUAUAGCCAGCAGAGAGUUCCUUAUAAGGAAGCUCCAUCUGGAACUGGGAGGAAGCAAUUACUAACAAGUCUUAAUUCUUUGAGGGAACAGCAGAAAUUUUGUGGUCAGAGACCUCGUAAAGUUUCCUUAAAAAAUCCAUCUCAACAUAAUACGCCUCUUUAUAUGAGUAAUGAGCCAGCUGAACAUCUGACUAAGCGCUGUAAAAUCUCUCUUGAAAUCCCAGCUGAGAACUACAAGAUUCUGUUGGACAAGGUAGAUUACCUUGAGAGGGAGAAUAUUAGUCUACGAGAAUGAAUCAAGGAAAAAGAUAUGCUAAUAAAGAAGCAAUGUUUACUGAUUCAUGAAUUAACAGAGGAACUCCAAUUCAAAAAAAAUACUCUAAACAACAAUGAAGUCGUCAAUAAGUUCGAUCAUGAAUGUAGUGAGAUCAUGCCAUCUAUUGAUGAGAUCUUCCUUGAAGAAUCUAGUAUCAAGAGCCUCAAUUUUGAGGAGCUCGAUCAGGAAGUCAAGGAGGUUAAGAAAUCUUAUUAUACACACAACAAGGCUCAUAAGAAGAGAGAUUUAAAGAACACACAGAGUAAUGUACUUAUUCAGAAUUUUACUCGAACUAAACCUUACAAUGGUUCUGAAAGACAAAAGGUUACCCUGAACACAAGUGUUGGACUCAGCAUUGCUAAUUGUCUCAAUCAGCAAAAAUUAGUAAUGACUUACUCAAAGCCUCCUAAAAAGACAAAGAUUGUGAGUCUUAAUGGCCAAGCUUCUACAAAGCCCCCUGCAGUCCUGAAUAUUUCUGAUAAAAAUUCGUUAAGAUCUCCUCGAAUUCCGAAGAAAUUGUCUGAUUAUAAAUCAACAGCAGAAGGAUCGAAUCUCAAUGACUCUAGACCGAAAGGGGCUUCCAUUAUGGAAAAUUACCUGAAUCUAGAGUCAAAGAAGAAGGAUUCCUUCUUCAGUAGUUCCAAUGCUAGAUCAAUGGCUGAGGGGAAGAACUCCCAUCAGACACAGUCAAGCUUUGGGAAUACCACACUCAGAUUAAAUAAGAAGAUCAAUUCUGUACAGCAAAACUGGAGCGUAAAUGCCCUCAGUCUCUCCCUUAUUGGAGGACUUAUCAAAGAGCACCAAGGAAAGAUAUUACAUAAACACUAAAUUCUAAUCUAAAAGUUUCAAUUUA